AUAAUUUAAUAUAAAUAAAUACAUUUUUAUUUGCAGCGUUGCAUCAUUUUGUCUCCUUAAACAUGAAUGAGUAACAACAUAUAUAAAUGUAUACAUCUUUAAAUAUAUAUUUAUAUAAACUCACAGGGGACAUCAUCCUGAUUACACACUUUCAUUUAAGUAACAUUUUCAAUGCAGUACUUUAACUUGUAACAGGGUAUUUGUACAGCUUGGUAUUGAUAGUUUUACUGCAGUAAGGAGUCUGAAUACUUCCUGUUUUCAGAUGAAUGUAAGACGACUGGGCGAGGUCUCAUGAACAUAUGACUCACGAUGACAGUACACAAUACUGUUAUUAUAUGCAGCUGUGCUUCAUAAGUAAUAUAACACCGAGCAGUAGAGCGUGCAGCAACACGCGUGAAUGCUGUGUUUAUAAUGUAGUAACACAUCAGGAUGUAAUCAGUUAUUGUGGUUCCCAUUAGAAUGAUACAUUCUGUGCAUGUAACUGCUGUAUGCAGCUACCCGACUUCAAACCACACCGCGUCUUUCGUCUCUUUAGGACGGAUAAGCAGUCCAUCUGAACUGUUUGCAGCCCGGUCCAGGAGCCACAAGAUCCCCGUCAGAGGACAGAAGGACUUCUUCCCCGAUGACUCGGACGAGCAAAGACGGCGGCUUGAGCAGAGUCUGACUGAGCACUGGAGCCUCAUAUCAGAGGAGCGAGUGGAGAAGCUAGGAAACCUGGUGAAGGCCACAUGGAUUCCAAGUGAGCAGAUUGUGGAGCUUCAGUCUCCAGCGGUGAGUUCUGCAUCGCUGAGUGAAACGAGCGCUACACACACUAGAGCUGCACCAUGAUGGAGAAAAAUGAUAAUCACGAUUAUUUUUGAUCAGUAUUAGCGGUGCAACGGAUCAAAACCCUCACGGAUCACCUAAGACCACAGAGACCUAAGUCAGCAAAUAUGACUUUUAAAGAUCCCUCAUCACGUUCUUUCUGCCGCCGAUCAUUGAUGAUCCAUAUUAACAGAUACAGAUCUCUUUGUUGUUUGAUUACAUCAGUUGGUCGACAAGGAUCCAGAAUAUUAUUAUUUUUUGC